CUGACAUUUCACCAACUCACCUGAUUUUACUCGGACAAAAAAAAAUCCUUAUUUUUCCACCUAAUCUAGUCACCUUUGACAAGACCAUAACGUGGCAAAUUUAACUGAAUUUCAAUCGAAUGUAGACAAAUUUUCGCGUGGAAAUUCCUGCAAUGCGAGUUUUCCCGAUUCUACGAAGUGUUUGGUGAAUUUUUCGUCCGCUGAAAUUCGCCAAUUCGUCGUUUGUUUUGCUGUGUAUUCGUGUUUUGGUUUUCCUCGAUCGAGUUGGCGCUGAUUCGUCGAUUGUUUUUCUACUGUUUUCCCGCAUACUUGGCGGAGCCUCCUCGAUUUUCCCGAUGGAUUAAUUCGCCGAUUUCUAAUCGAAUUUAAACGGCCGCCUGGGAUAUUUCGAUGGAUUCAAAUUCAAUGGUCGCACAGCCAACCCCCGGCCGACGACCCACCACCCACGCCCGUCGCCAUGACGCCGCCUGCUAGGCGGACGUCGCUAGGCGACGGCGUCGCCGCCCAUCCGUCGCUUAGCAACGCCGGCAGGUCGUUUAGCAAUGCGGCCGAAGCGACGCUCGACAACGACGGACGGGAACGUCGGCGCGCCGUCUACAGCUGGUCGGCGGGUUACGGGACGCUGAGGGAGGCGGCGGAAGAGGCGCCGCCGUCGGAAACGACGGCCGCGUGGCGUCGCGACGCCUGCGACGGUUUCGACGAAGACAAACCGGCCGACUAUGCCGCCCUCCUUCCCCAUCGUCCCGUUACCGCCCCCAAGCCGCUCAACGCCGCCCCUCGCGGCAAUAACAACGCCCGCGACCCGCCCCCCGCCACGCCGCGCCCCCAACGGAAGCGCCACGAACGAUUGUUCGCCCUGCCCACCAGCCUGAGGGCGUGGCUCGGCGGCAGGCGCGGCCAGGACGAAGACGAAGAGGGCGAAGAUCGGGAGGCGGGGCCUCGACAGCCGCUCGUCGGCGGCGCCAAAAGUAGGCGGAACGGCAUCGGGAGGGGAACGACGACGGGUAGGGCGGGAGGUAGGGGGAGGGAUAAAAGGGGGGCGGGCCAACACGGCGCCGUCCGGCCCGCCUCCAGUUUGGACGGUUUGAGGCGGUGCGAGACCGUUAUGACGUUGACCGGUUAUUUGAGACCCGCCUCGUCGGCGACGAGCCUGUCGCUCGUCCAGCCGUCGCCUAGCAACAACGGGGGCGGGGGGACGCGCCCGACGUUGGCUCCGCCCGCUACGAACGAGGUGACGCGCGUGCGCACUUGCUCGCGCUGCUCCAGCCUGCUGACGUUGGCUAGCGGUUCUCGAUAUUCGCUCGAUUCGGCGACGGGCGUCUUCGUCGCCGUGACGGCGGCGGCGGCGGCUCCGCCGGCGCUCUGCAAACUGUGCCUGCUGGAGGUGGGCGCGCACCAGGUGGUGAGGAUCGAAGAAUGCGCUUGCGCUUUUUGCAAGGAGUGCAUGAAAACCUACGUGGAAUUCGAGAUAGGCCAAGGCGCCUACGAUAUUAGCUGUCCGGACGCCCAAUGUCCCUCACAGGGCGUGCUGCGAUUGGACGAAAUCGAACGGUUGGCCGGUCGCGGAUUGCUCGAUAAACACAAACAAUACCGUUUCAACAGAGAAGUCGACCUGGACGCCACCAGAGCCUGGUGUCCGCGACCCGGCUGCGAGACCGUCUGCCAAUUGGGCGCCGGCGGAGGCGGCGCGGCCGCCCCUCGCCCCCCUAAGUCGCCGCCGUCGCCGCACCCCUUCCGUUGCCCCGCCUGCUCGCAAACGUUCUGCGCCGCCUGCAAGGGCGACUGGCACCCCGGCGCCGAGUGCGGCGCCGCCGACGCCGCCUCCCCCGCCCCGCCCGGCAUCCCAUUCGACUCGGAGACGAUCAAGUGCUGUCCCAUGUGCGGCGUGCCCAUCGAAAAGGACGAGGGAUGCGCCCAGAUGAUGUGCAAACGGUGCAAACACGUCUUUUGCUGGUACUGCCUCGCCAGCUUGGACGACGAUUUCCUCCUGCGACACUACGACAAAGGUCCGUGCAAGAACAAAUUGGGCCAUUCGAGGGCGUCGGUGAUCUGGCACCGCGCCCAGGUGAUCGGAAUUUUCGCCGGUUUCGGCGUCCUGUUGCUGGUGGCGUCGCCGCUCCUGUUGCUGGCCGCGCCGUGCAUAGUCUGUUGCAAGUGUAGAACGUGCGGCGCCGGAGUGGGCGCCGCCGCCGGCGUCGGUAAAUUGGACGAGGAGGAGGAAGAUGGGGGCGUUGCGGAGGUGGAGCUCGACAAUAAAGAGGCGGGACGAAGCGAGAAACGGGAGGGGCGCGACGGGAAGGAGGAGGAGCUCGUUGAGGAGGUGGGCGGAGUCGCGGGGGGCGGUGAAGAAGCGAAAGAGCGGGUAAUAGUAGAAGAAGAAAGCGCGGUUGUUGCUCGGGAAGUGCCUAAAGUGGAUAAAAUCGAUUGCGAUGAUGACAGUUCAUGAUAAACGGUUGCUAGGCGACUAAUGAUCGUUGCUAAGGGGAGGAGCGAAGGUUGAGUAUGAGAGAGUGGAAGUAAACGAAGUAUGAAAGAGAGAUGAGGAAAGAGAGGAGAUUUCGUGAUAUUGGGGGACGGAGGGAAGAAAUGAGGGGUAAGAGGAGGUUAAAAUGGCGGUUUAAAAGAUUAUUGUUCGCGCAAAAGUUUGUUUGUACAUAUAUGUUUGUAUAUGUAUGAGAACUAUGUAUAUAAUAUAAAAUAUAUGUAAAUGUAAGGAUUAUGCUAGGAUACUAGGACGCUCGAUUUCGGUUGUUUUCUUCUUUUUUUUUUGUUGUUGCUUCGUUUUUAAAGGAUUACAACAAUAUUUAAAUUUGAACGAUUCAAUAUUAAUUGAUUAAUAAUAAUAAAUAUACUGACAAAUAACUGUUGUUAAUAUUAUAUUUGAGAGAAUAAUUUAAUAGUAAUCAUUUAUUUUAUUAAGAUGGAGAAAUUGAUACGAAUAAAAUAAAUUAAAUAUACGAAUAAAUGAAAAUUGUGAAAAACAAACUGUGAUAGAAUUAUUACGUAUAAUUAUAAAAUAAUAAUAAUAAUGUUAAUAUUAUUAUUAUUAAAAAUAUAUAUUAUUAAAUAUUGUAUAAUGAAUUCUGUUAAUUAAUUAACUAACUAAUCUAAGAAGUUGAGAAAUUAUUUGUUUUUUAUUAAGGUGUAAAAAUAAAGAGUUUGUUGAAGGUUAUCGUUUUCCAUUUCGAUAAAAAAGAACAUUACUUAUCUAAUUAAUUCCAAUUAACAAUCUAGUACACCUUAUAUAAAAAUCUAUUACACUUGAAAAAUUCAGUGUCGUACAGUGUGACCAAUGUAACAACAAAAAAAUCACUAGGUUUUAGGGUCUAUUGGUACGACUGCUCGAGGCCCUUUCUCAACAAACUUGUGCAAAUAAAACAAGCAUUACGUUAAAAAUUAAAACGAAAAAAUCGCACGUAACACCAACAGAACAAUUAUUAAUCCGUACAAACGGGUAGAAAAAAUCGUAAGGCAAUUUGAUAUCCACGCUAGGCGGAUCGACGAUUUUCCUCGUCUUCUCCCCCGUCAAAUCGUAGAAACUCACCUGCGUUUCCAAUUCGACAUCCGCCAUUACAGAAUUAUCCGCUUUACUGUAACCCAACGAAACGUUAUAGUAAAUAAACGAGACAGUAACGGCCAAAAUCUUCCGCUGAUCCACCAACGUUCCCACAUCGAUCCUCGAAUGAAAAAUCCCAAUCCUCACGCCCUUUAUCAAAUUUCCGCAGGAUAUCGUCGAGUCUUUCGAACGAUACGCGCCUCGAGUACGAUCGCACGCGAUUCGAGGGGAUUCUUCGUAGAGAAUCCUCUCCCAAUCGUCCGAUUUCCCGGCGUUCGCGUUACCGAAUAGGCCUAUUACUAUCCCGUUAUCCAGCAAAUUCCAAAUUUCCAACGUGGCGUUUUGCAGUUCUCUGCACAUUUCCGUGGCGUUCGGGGAUUUUCUUCGAUUGUGUAUUAGCUUGCGGAAUCUACAGCGGGUUAGGAGGUUGAAACCGAAUUCGAUGGCGGUGUGAUGGGACGAGUUCAUUACGCAUUCGCCGUUUAUGUUACUGGGUAUCGACAGGUAAUUGGUAAUCGAUUUACCUAUCGUAGUGAAGUUAGUGCUGUUUCGCGUUAGAGUAGCGGUGAGUAUAGGUCUUCCGAUCAAGUAGCCGGGAUUUCCGCUCAAACUCGCGGUUGUCAUCGAGGCGUUUUUCCACGAAAACUUCACGUGGAAAUCUUGGGUGAUGGAUUCGCGCGAGAUAUUUCCGAGAUUAACCGAUAGCGAAACGUCGGUUAAACCUUUCGUGCCGUUGUGGUUGAAAUUGUAGCGUAAUCGGCGGACGGCGUUGAUGCAAACGGUCGAAUUGCACUGUACGCUCGUUCUGGUGUCGUUUUUGUGGAAAUCUUCGCACUUUUCCAGCGACCCGUCGCAAAUUUUUAUCGCCGGCGAUAAGCAAUCGUAUUUCGCGCACACCUGCAAUGAAAAUGCAUUUUAAAUACAUUUUUAACGCUAAAUAAUCCU